AUGUUUAAACGCGUCAGAGGGGCUCUGCUGCUGGUCCUGCUGUGCGCCCCAUGGAGGGGGCGUCCUACAGAUGUCCCCGCCCUGUCCUACGAGUUCACCGCCUACAGGAUGCAGCACUACAACCUCCAGCAGGAGAAACACGGCUGCCGUAACGCCGUGGUGGUGGGUGAGGGGCGGUGGGCGGACGACGUGGGCCUGCACCGCCGCUGCGUGAUCAUGAGGCUGCCGGACUUCACGGUGGACCGCUUCCGCGAGGCGCUGCGCCAGAAAGCGGCCGCCGUCCUCGUCCUGCUGCCUAGCAACAUAACCGCCGUCUCCCAGGACCAGGUACAGAGCUUUAUGGUCAGUGAAUGGGAGGCGCUGCAGAAGGAGACCCUCAUACCUGUGUACAUCGCCCCUGAGGACGAACAGCUUCUCUUCAUGUAUGACCAGCUCAAAAUGGCUGCCGCCGCCAGGGCCUCGUCCAUACUGGUGCGAGUUUUCUCCAGCAUGGUGUUAACCAGCGGGUUCCAGAUUACAGUGAGCAACAACGCUCUAGUCAAGCCCAUCACCGACACAGCCAUCGUCACCCUGGAGGGAGUACUUCCUGGCGCAGGAAGGGACCCGCCCACCAUUGUCAUCACGGCUCACUACGACUCCUUCGGAAUUGCCCCUUGGCUGUCGUACGGAUCUGAUUCCAACGGCAGCGGUGUGGCCGUGCUCCUGGAGCUGGUCCGCCUCUUCCACGACCUCUACAGCGACCCCCGCAGCCACGCCCCGUACCACUUGCUUUUCUCCCUGACCGGUGGGGGCAAGUACAACUUCCUAGGGACCAAGCGUUGGAUCGAGGAGAAUCUGGACCAUGCUGAGUCCAGCCUCAUUCAGGACAAUGUGGCGUUUGUCCUGUGUCUCGACACGCUGGCCAACGGUGACGGACUGUUCCUCCACGUGUCUCGACCCCCCAAGCCUGGCACCCCUCAGCACACCUUCAUCCAGGAGCUGGAGCAGGUGGUAUCUUCCCGUUUCCCCUGGGUGAAGGUGGGAAUGGUCCAUAAGAAGAUCAAUCUGGGGGAGUCCACGGUGGCGUGGGAGCACGAGCGGUACAGCAUGCGCCGGAUCCCUGGCUUCACCCUCUCUCACCUGGACGACCCCCGGUCUGAGCAGAGGGGCUCUAUCUUGGAUACCAUUUCCCAGACAGACAUCAGGAAGCUGAAGAGGAACGCGGUGAUCGUGGCUGAGUCCCUCGCCCGUGUCAUGUACAACCUCUCGGACAAGGGGUCACCGAAGGAGCUGCAGGUGUUUAAGGGCCAAAUGGAGAUCCAGGACGGCCGUCUCUCGGCGAUGAUGUCUUUCCUGUCCUCGGUGCCCCGGGCCGCUCAGCUGCUGGACCGUGAACCGGGUCCGGUCCUCCUGGUCCACUCCCUGGAGCAGCAGCUGAGCCGCUACCUCAAGCAGGUCCUGCGACACACCUUCCACAACGACCGCAGAGAUCCUGAGCUCACCUUCUUUGACCAAAUGAACCAGCCAAUGAUGAUGUACAGGGUGAAGCCUGCUGCAUUUGACCUCUUCCUCGGGGGAUGCAUCGCUGUGUACAUAGCAGUCGUUUACUUCGCCAUUCAGAAUUUUGGUCACGUGUACACCAAACUCACCAAAAUGGCUAUGAGGCCCAAGCAGCAGUGA